UGUAAGAGAAAUAUUUAUGAAAUAUUUAUAAAAUAUUUAUGAAAUAUUUAUUAAUCUAAUAGAUAUAAUAGCAAAAAUGAAAAACAGCUGACAUAUCGUCAUUUAUUACUACGCUUAUUACUACGCUUGUCCGUUACAUUUCGUAUAGCUUCUGAAGAAAAAUUUCAAUUGUUAUUUGAAAAAUAAUGUUAUUUCGCAAAAGAUACAGCUUAAAAUUAGUAAUUGUGUCAAGUUCAUAUCUGGUAAUCUUGUAAUUGAGUAAACACAAAUUAUCGCAUUUCCUCGAUAAGUAAACGUUUCUUUUUUCUUUUUAGAAAGUAGUAACAUUUCUUCCUGACAUUUUCUAGAUAGCAACGAUAACAGUAUCGAUGUAAUUAUAAAGAAUGGACAUUUGUUAUAAUAUAAUAUUCAUCCAAGUAAAACUGUUAUUUUUUUCCAAACCUCUUACAUUUUUGUCAUUCACUUUGUAGAAUUUGUCAACUCAGUAAUCAAGAAGCAGGAAAAAGGAAUGCGAUGCGGAAAUAAAAUUUUCAUAGAAGAUAACAUGUUAUUUUACGUAAUUUUAUGCCAUGUAUCGUUAAAUCUAAAGUAUAUAUAUCAUCAGAUUUACAGCACGUGGUAACGUCAAGCAUUACUCGUAGGUAGGAAUUUUCAACUAAUCUCAAAUUUAAAUUAGCUUCGAAGACGUCAGCCGAUAGGCACCACUAACAUUAAUGAGUUAUCGCAAUCCAUCUCCUCUCCCACUUCACUGAUACUGAUUCCCCAUUUCGAAUCAUUGCCUCACACGCGGAGCGUGUGUCGGAUCGGAGGAACCAGUUUCCGUUCGGCCGCGUACGAUAGACUCACCACGGAACUGCAAAGCCGCUUCGUUCAAUCGCUUACAUCGUUUGAGACUUGGCUCCGUGGCUGUUUACCACAUUUCUACACGAGGUCGAGCGGCCUAUGCUGCUCCGGAAUAUCGUAUUGUGUGCAAAUAGUGAUAAGACCCACGAGCGCUCGAUAAAGUGCAUGCUCGCGCGAGCAGCGUAACGCUUGAACGAAAAAUGAUGCUCAGUAAGUUGAGCCGACAGCUGCGAAACGCCGGAAGAAAGCUGCUUUUGAGCCACGGCAAUACUCCCGACCAGUGCAAGCAUGUCAGAGCGAUACAUUUUACGUAUUUUCCAAGCGAGACACCGUAUGCAGACGGUGAGACUCAAAAGCUGAACAUGUAUCAAGCAAUAAAUGAAGGACUUGCUCUUGCAUUGGAAAAUGAUCCACGUACAGUGAUCUUUGGCGAGGAUGUAGCAUUCGGAGGAGUGUUUCGUUGCACAAUAAAUUUAAAGAAACGUUUCGGAGCUGAUCGUGUAUUUAACACACCUCUCUGUGAGCAAGGAAUCGCUGGUUUUGGAAUUGGUUUAGCCAACGCGGGAAUAUCGGCGAUUGCCGAAAUACAAUUUGCAGAUUACAUAUUUCCCGCUUUCGAUCAGUUAGUGAAUGAAGCAGCCAAGAUGAGAUAUCGGAGCGGCAAUAUGUUUGAUUGUGGCAAACUCACAGUUCGCGCACCUUGGGGGGCUGUCGGCCAUGGUGGCCUUUAUCAUUCUCAAUGUCCAGAAGCUUACUUCGCUCAUACUCCUGGCCUGAAGGUCGUUGUGCCUCGCGGAGCCGCGCAAGCAAAAGGUCUCCUGUUGAGUUGCAUAGAAGAACCAGAUCCUUGCAUUAUGUUUGAGCCGAAAAUUUUAUAUCGCAAGGCGAUUGACCAAGUACCCAAGGCGCAUUACAAGAUCGACAUCGGCAAGGGUGAGGUUGUAAGAAAAGGUGACGCCGUGACGCUCGUGGGCUGGGGUACUCAGGUGCACGUACUAUUGGAGGUGGCCGACCUAGUGCAGGAGAAGCUCAACGUGUCCUGCGAGGUGAUAGACCUCAUUUCCAUCCUACCUUGGGACGCGGAACUUGUGUGCGAGUCGGUGAAGAAAACCGGACGCGUUAUUAUCGCUCACGAAGCGCCGAUGACAAACGGAUUUGGAGCAGAAAUAGCCGCAACUAUACAGGCGGAGUGCUUCUUGCAUUUGGAGGCGCCAGUUCAAAGGGUCACGGGAUGGGACUGUCCUUUCCCACACAUCUUCGAACCGUUCUACUUGCCGGAUAAGUGGCGUUGUUUCGCGGCUAUACGAGAUAUCCUCAAAUAUUGAAGAUAUAAAGUAUAAAUGCAGGUUACAAAGGGAUUACGGUAAAGCUACAAGGGUCUAUUGCGAUGCGUUGCAGAAAGAGACAAUGAUUGCAAAAUGUCUACCGAGAAACGUGACGUAUUGUAUGUUACUAACUUUUUAAAUUUUUUUACAUGUUGCUAUCUAUUUUAAUUUCAUUUCAUAUUAUCUCUAUUAAUUGUAUCAACUAAAUGGUUUAUGUAUGUGUGUACAUAUGAAUGAAAUCUAUGUCUUUUAUCAGAAAA